AUGACUGUAGCGAAGUUGGCUGAGAUCUACAUUGAGCAGAUAGUGAGGUUGCACGGCAAAAAAGUUGAUGAAAUGGUUGAGUCAGACAACUCGAAGGGAAUUAGAAGGGCUAUUGCGGUUCCUGAGCUUGAUUCUUUUUUUCAGAUAGAAAAGAAAAAUGACAUUGAUGAUGCUCAAAUGGAAAAGAUAUUGGCCGAAGCUAUCAGAAAAACCAAACAGAACACUUCCAUAUUGGUUCAAAAUCAACUCUUGAGGAUCGAGAAUAUGGCUCAAAUGCUUGGGUCGAUGGUGUACAAAAUUGAUUCUACGGAAGUCUUUGAGGCCCUUCUGAAGGCCGAAGAUUAUAAACAUUUGCAUCAAGAUAAUGUAAUUAAGCCAAGAAUGGAGAUAGUGAAGAGAUUCCUAGAGGAGACACCUGUUGGAUUUAAAAAUGAAAAAUAUUCAAAUGAAAAUGGGAAACAUGCACCCAACGGUGUUUCAAAUAUUGGUGCAAAAAUUAUAUAA